CAUCUCUCUCUCUCUCUCUCUCUCUCUCUCUCUCUCCCCGUAGCAAUGUCCCGUGCUCCCAUCAACAUGUUUCUCUCUCUAAGCGGUCGACGCGGUUAUGCCGUGGCCGCAACGAGAGAGGUGGUGAGCUCAUCGGCGGAGAAGGCGGUGAGGACGACGACGAUUUCGGGGGAUGGCGGUGGCGGCGUCGUGGCAGCGGAGCCGAAAAAGGAGAUUUGUUGGAUGCCGGAUCCAAGAUCCGGCAAUUGGGUGCCCGAAAACCGGUUUGAUGAAGUUGAUGUGGCCGGGCUCCGAGCCCAACACCUUUCCAAGAAACAAUAAAAGAUGAAUCUGAAAGUGCCUUUUCUUUUAAUUUAAAAUAUAAAAGUUGGUGCUUUUUAGACGCUGCAAUUUCAAAUUAAGUCUAAGUUAAGCGAGGACUGAGUUUGAAACUUGUCCAAACUGAGAAGUCAUUGGCUCGUUUGGUUGGAUCUAAUUAGAAAUAUAGUGUGG